AAUACACGCAAACGGGCGCGCGCGCAUUGAGUCCGAGAAUCUGGCUCGAUUUUUAUUUUAUUUUUUUAAUUUGCUCGCCGCCCCGGCAAAAAAACAUUCUUUUCUCAUUCAGGUUCUCUCGCACACUCUGGUGGUGGUGGUGGUGGUGGUGGGGCAAGCUUGGUGUGAUUAAAGGGGAAUGGGAAGAUGGGGCACAAUGGACAUGGUAUAGUUUUUUUUUUUGUUUUUUUCCGACAUUUUGCCUGCUAAUGUCUGUAUGCAAAUCGAUUUGGGAUUCUCAUUAUUCCCAUUAUUUGGGAAUGAAUCUCUAACUUAAGGGACUGAAAUAUUUUUCUCACUUAGAAAAUUAUUCGUUAGAAGAUAAAAAGAAGAAUUCCAUUUUUGACGUAUUUAAAAAUUACGAGAAAAAUCGUUCUGCGACAAUGGGGCCCUUCACGAUUCUAGUCAGUUUUUUUUUGUAUGGAGUUUGACAGUUGGAGGCUGAAAUCAUGUAAACACUCCAUACAAAACCACACAGAAAACUAGCCGGCAAUUUUCAGUCUAAUUCUAUCUUUGAGGCUACAAUAAUCUAGAUUCGAGUACAUGCUCGAAAAAUGACAAAACAAGGUGGUGUUUGCAUGUAUCCCAAGGUGCAUUAAAUAUAUCUUGUGAAGGAAUCUAGAAUCAAAGUGUAUGUAGUCCAGGUGGUCUCAUAGCAUUUUUUUUUAUAACCAAAUUUGAAUAUCUUUUUAUCUUUUUAUCUUUUUGACAGAACGGGUGAAAACUAUUGCUCAAAUAAGCUUUCUGGAGGCUUGGCGAAUACACAAAACACUCUUAAUAUCUUCAUUCAGAAGCAGAAGCAGAAUAAAAAUCUGCCUUCUAAAUACAUACACCAUGGGAUAAGCCCACCUGUAUAUUAUACCCACUUAGAUAGCUGCUUGAAAACUGCUAUACAAUCGAAAGAGCUGACAGGCUGCAAUUUCAGCCUACCAACUUAAAACGGAAAGAACUCCAAUGUUGGAAUGGUGUUCAUAACAUAAGUCAUGUAGUCUGUCGCAUUUCAGCUAUAUUAGUAGUUUUAAUGUUUGUGUUUUUUAUUCUCAGCUAUCUUAAAAAAAGCAAAAAUCAUUUUAAACAAGUCUAUACAGGCUCCCAUACAAACAUUCUAAUUAAGGUUAAAAUAAUAUUUUGAAUUGAUCACUUUCAAAACAAAAAAGUCAAAACGAUCAUCUUUUGCAAAUGAAAAAAAAAAACAUUUCUACCCACAGAACGGAAAGUAUUGAAUGUUCUAUUUUGUAGCUUGUAAUUAGGUCGAAAUACGUCUUCAUGCAUUACUGUGAACGGUACAAUCUUAUUACAAUUAUCAGCUAAACCUUUGAGUGCUCUUUCGUAUGACCAAUGGAUUGUUUUCUAACAUGCAUCCUACAAACGGCGAUCGGCAAGGUCGCAUGCGGAUUUGCGUUUUAGUGGCUCUCUAACCUUCAUAUACUUCAUAGAACUUUCGUACAAUUUUACAUCUUGGUUUAUCAAUUAAGUAAAAAUAAAUUGUUGAACAUUUUUGGGAUAAAAGCUUUAUUUUUACUGUUACAACAUUCAAAAACAACAAUAAUCAAAUUUGUUUAGUUUGCCAAUUUGAUACAGGCAUUUCUGUGCAAGUUUAGUCGUUGACCUUAUGCUUAAAUGGUUUCUUUUCCUUUGAAUUUGAGACACCAGUUUGAAGAACCAGUAAAAUCAAAUCUGUUUCCUUUUUUUAAGCCUCUUUCCUUUUCCUUGUGCUAAUUCAUUGACAAUAUUAUUUGAUUUUCCCAGCUAUCAUCAUAAUGUGUGGAUAUCCAUGCAUCAGACUGUCUUUGUGUUUAAUCAAAUUUGUUGUCUAAAGUGUCAUCGAAACGAAACGUGUGUAACGACCCCUUUAAUGCGAUUUUAAUCAUUUUGGACCUAAAAAGGAGUUUCUACACGCAUACGGUUAUAGUUUAUUCGGUACAUUUUAACUUUUUUUCGAUGUAUUAAAAUCUUUACAAGUUCUCGAUUAUGAUUUAGUAAACCAUUUUAAUUUUCCUUUUUGCGUUCUCCCAUCUCGUUUGAUGCUCCGGGUGUGUGCCGUUUUGCAGUGUAAGUCAUUCUACCACAAGUCAUUCGCCGGCGUGUGGCUGCGGUCGCAUUUUGGCCCCAGCAUCCCUUGGCAAAAGUAAAUCCAAUAUCAACACGCCGCCCCGACCAAUCGUGCCCGGGAGUAAAACUGUGUGCGCGCCGCACUGACGCAGCCCUCUCGCUCUCGCAUCUCGCCGCGGCGUUCACCACCACCAAACAUUCCUCUGGAAGCGAGAACCGUGCGAGCGGGACAGAUUCGCAGUCCGCCACUCUCGCGCACCUUUUCUCUCGCUCUCACCGGUGUGCUGUCGUGCGAUCAACGGCACUGCUGCCGCCGCCGCGCCGACAGAUCCAGACGAUCUUUGGACUCCCAGUCGGGCCAUUCCUUUUGCAUGCCCCGCCUCUCCCCACCCUUUUGUGCUAACUGUUGUACGUAUGUGUGUGUGUGUGUGCACAUAUAGUUUAAUUUGUGCUCGCGCGGUGUGUGGAGCGUGUGUGCAGCAGCAACCCCCGGCAGACACAGGCUUUGCACGUUGUGUGGCGCUAGUAGAGAACGCUGCCAAAAAGGCAAACAAAUCGCUGCCGCCUGUCGUCCACCCAGCCUCCCCCGUGUCGGGCUAAGCCGUCAGCGCAGCAUUUUUUCGGCAACGGACACACACACACACACACAUGAAUUAGCUUUCCCUUUGUGUUGUCUGCCGCGGGUCGAUAAGUCGAGAAUCACCUUUCGGACGGUGCGAGAACGGCCGACAAAGGCGGCCGGCAGCAACCAACCGGAUUCUAAGCUGGCAAGAGUAGAAAGUACGUGUGCAAUAACGAGGAAAGUGGAUGUGCGUGUGUGUGUGUGUGUGAGUGCGUGCAGUGAACAAUCCAGCAGUGAACAAGUGAAGCUAGAAGAAAGGAAGAAGAAAGAAAAGCAAGAAAGAAAGAAACAAAGGGGGGGAAAAGAUUCGUAACAAGUGUCGCUCAGCUUCUGUCGUGGCUUCCACAUUACACAUAUCACGGCGACAACGGUGUGCGAGAUAGUAAACAAACGUCAUCACCAUCAUCUUCAACCUGUGCGCUGCCCUCCCCCGGCAGCUUCCCAACUCCCAUCCCGGGAGGAUGGAGCCGACGAGCAUCGAUCAACGCCGAGGCAGCGUGUCGCUCGAUUCGGCAGUGCAUCUAGCAAUUAGCAUCAAUCAAUAAGUUGCCAUUACAUGCACACACACACACUCGCACGCAAACACGCGGUAGCGCAACGAACGGAGAGUUGGCGGCAGCUGCUAGCUGCGUGUCAAAUUCGUGACCCCGCUGCUCUCCUGUACCUUUUGUUGGACGUGAGCAGUGCCGGCGACAAACCGUAUUUGAUCAAACUUUAUACCUCGCCCCUUCUUCCUUGCGUCCUUGCGGUGUUAUGCGAGCCGGCCUACCGCCCCCUCCCCCGGUGGUGCACGAGCGGCGGCAAAAAUGGUCCCACCAGUAGCGAGCAGCAGCAGCCGGUCGCCACGGACGUUUGACGCAGCUCGUAUCACAGCCCGGGACCGGGCCGGCAGCAGCAGCAGCAGCAGUGUGGGCGGCGGUGUGGGCCGAAGCCUAGAACGAUGCGCUGUGUGAGGCAGGCGGGAAGAUGAAGCAAAUGUAAAGAGUGUGUGUGUGUGUGUGAAAGUGAAAGUUACAAAAUUAUAACAAAACAAACGACAAAAGCUACUAUCAAAAAAUAGUUUUGCGAAGAGAACAUUUUUUUUGCAGCAGCAGCAGGGUGACGACGACCGUGAAGGCGGGGGCUUUUUCCCCCUCACCCACAAUCAACCAAACGCUUGAAGAAGAAGAAGAAUAAAAUUAAAGAAAAAAAACGCCAACAAAAAGCCAUCUUCAACUCAAACUGCCGAGUUGUGCCGUGGGAGGGGACAUCAUGCUGUCGGCGGUGGAAAACCUGGGCCCGUCCGGGCCGGGCCGUGUCCCACCGUACCCGCGGCACCAUCCGCAAAACCACCACCAGCUGCCGCACCCGGGGCAGCAGCAUCUGCCGUACCAUCCGCUGCACUCGCUGCUGUCGCCGACCUCGCUCGGCCAGCUGCAUCUGCCGCCGCUGCUGAGCGCCCAGACGCCGCUGCAGCCGCCGCCCCAUCCCAUGUCCUCGGUGGGCGGCGAGUUUGUGCGGCCCUACCCCAAGCAACGGUACGACGACAACCGUGGCUUCAGCAUACCGUCCGCGCUGACGGCCGAGCGGCGGCUCAAGUACGGCGAUCCGCCACCGCCAGCACCGGCCGUGCCGAGUUCGUCCAGCGCCCCCGCCCACACCCAAGCUGGCCCGAUCAAUCUGGCGGUGAGUAGUGGUGGUGGCGGUGGCAACACCAGCAACACCAGCGGAAGUGGAGGUAGUGGCAGCGGCGGAAGCGUAGACGAAUUUGUCGGUGGUGGCGGGGGCUUCCCCCCCUACCUGCCACACUAUCAGCCGUCCAAUGCGCAGGAAGCGGGCAAUGGUUCCCGGUUUUCGCCCGGCGCAAAUGCUCCACCGGCCGUCGCUGCCUACCAGCAGAAGUAUCAACAGGAACAGCAACAGCAACAAAAAUACCAACAGGAACAACAACAACAACAGCAGCAGCAGCAAAUGCUACAAUUUCUUGGAGCUCAGCAACAACAACAGCAGCAGCAACAGCAGCAGCAACAACAACAGCAACAACAGCAGCAGCAACAACAGCAACAGCAAGCGAACGGAAACCGGAUGCUUUGCUUUCCCGGCAUGCCGUCACUAGACGUGUUUGUCGGCUAUCCGGGCCUCAACUACGAGAUGUAUCCGUACAGCCGCGUUCAUGGACGGUCCAACUAUUUACCAAACCAGCGACCGCUGGAACCGCGCUACACGUCCGCCGGUACCGCUGCCUCCUUUUUGCCACCUCCCCGUCCAACGCCUCCGUCGGCGGAUGCUGGUGCGGCGAGUACUGCGCCGGCCGCCGGAAGCCGCCUACCGAAACCGGCCGCCGCACCGAUCGGCAUCAAACCGAACCGAUGGCUGAUGCCAUCGACGGCACCGUCGCCACCGGCCGCGCCGGCCACCAUCAGCUCGUCGCAGCAUGCCGCCGCCGUAGCAGCAGCAGCAAGUGCCGCACCGCUCAGCGCGGGUGUCGAUUCGCUUGUCGCUUCGUAUCGGGCGCUCAGUUCGGCCCACCUGCCGCAUGGCAUGGGUGGCUACCACCAGCAUCGGCUUUGGGCCGAAUCGCUGUCAGCGCAGCAAACCUACCUGACUGAUCUGCCACCACCGCCACCACCACCACCACCGAUCGGUGAGGAGGGGAAGGGACUGCCCAGCCGGCUGUACCAUCCGGCACUGCUCGCGCACGACGCGCAGAUGACGCAUAUCGCUGCCUCGCUGCAGGACUCGUUCAUGGCUUCCCGGCAGCAGCAGCAGCAGCAGCAACAGCAGCAGCAGCGCCAUCGCGCCAAGUGUGCCAACGGUGUACCGUCCAGCACUGCCACUGCCAGCAGCAACACUAGCAGCAGCCACCAGCCGACGGUCAGUGGUAGUGGACCGGCGCGGCCCGAAUUUAAGGUGCCGAUCGGGGCGGAGAAACAGCCGCCGCCGCCGCCCCGUGCAGGAGGAGGACUGGUGCGAGUCGAGCCGCAGCUAGCGAUCGGUCCCGGACCGUCCUACACCCUUGGGCCGGGGGGAGAUGGGCUGAGCCGUGGCAGCAGUCAACGCGGCCACUACGAAGCCAAGGCACACGACAUGCCGGAAGAUGCAGCCGCCCAGCAGCACAUACUGCACACGACGGUGGUGAGGCCAAAAAUGUUCCUGCGCGGCUCGAUGAUUUCGUUCCAGAACGGGGUGAAGAAACCGGUGGAGGAGGUGCGGCUGGAGGACUUUCUGCGCACCGCCGCCAUCUCGCCGGACGUGCGGCUGACCGAGGCGCAGACGCGCCGCAUCACGCCCCGCUACAGCAGCGGCGGUGUCGACGGUGGCCCGGGCGAGCCGUGCAAAAAGAUUCUCGUCCGCUUCACCUACGACCAGCAGCAGCGUUACAGUGCGCUCGAGACGACGAUCGACUAUCCGUUCUUCGUCACUACGAAGGGCUGGGCAUCGUACAGCCCGGACCGGACGUUCGCCAACUACGGGCUGGAGUGUGCCCGGAUCGAGCUCGGGGACGUGUUUAUCGUGCUCGUGCCGCGCCACCAGUCCGGCGAGCGCCAGCUGCUACUCGAAGAGGAAGAGGAGGAGGAGCAGCGGGAGGAGGUGCAGAAGGAGCAGGAGGACGAGAUGGUGGUGGAGGAGCAGGACGAUGGACCCGAGCGGCUGGUCAACAUGUUUUCGCUCAAAGCGGCAGAGCAGCAGCAGCAGCAGCAGCAGCAGCAGCAGCAAAGUGCGGGCCAGCACCAUCACCCUUACCACCAGCACCACUUCCAUCGGCACCACCGGCAGCAGGAAGAGACGAUCACCACCAGCAGCAACAGCAGCAGCCCGCCGAUUCUGAUCGACGACGAGCCGUGCCGGGACUGGCUGACGGCUGGCGUAGGCUCAGCGCCGCCACAGCCCGUCGGGUACGCCGCCGGUGGCAGCAAGCGCCGCCCGGACAGCCAGCGCCGUGGCUCGGCCAAGCGCAAGCUGGCGGAGCAGCACGGGCCGCCGGGCAGCAGCGCUGGCGGUGGUGACAGUCACCACCACCCCACCGAUCGGAAGCGUCGCACCGCCAGCAGCGACUCGAUGGAGUAGCCUUCCCAGCGCGCAGUGUAAUAUUAAGCAGUAGGGCGGCCUUAGCGUGCUGAAAUGCUGCGCCGAACAAGCGGGAAAACAAGAGCUAGAUUUAACAGCAACAAUUGUUAAGAAAAAUGGGAGGGGGAAACAAAGGGAAAACUUUUUAAAAGUACCGCACUAAUCGAUUUGCAAGUGGCAGCGCAGCAACAACAGAGCACACACACAGAGAGAGCGUGCGUGAUUUGCUCGGUUUUACAGGUGUUUGUAGAGGAAGCUAAGCUGGGAAGGAAAUCCAUCCACGCGGGGCAGCAUACUGCUUUGGGGUGUGGUGGUGUUGUAUAUUAGUUUGUUUUUUUUUUUUGCUGCUGCCCCAUAGGGUAUUUUGUAAGAGGCAUUAACCGAGAAUGACUGCCAUUUAGUGAUUUUCUUUAAACGUUUUCAUUUGUUAAUCUAAUCCCUUUUUGGCGGGAGAAUGAAAGGUCCAACAAAGAGGAGGAGAGCAAGGAGCACCAAUUCGCUAGCCAAACAAGAAAGGAGGAGGAAGAGUAGGAACGGGGGGAUGGUCUCCGAAAAGACUGAUUUAACCACACGCACACACGGCUGCGGUGGUGUAGAGGUUUCUCGCGCACGGUUUCACGAACAACGCGUUCAAGCGCAAACAACGCACAUACACACACGCGCGCGCGCGCAGGAAAACAACAUGCUGCAGCAUCUCCGGCACUUUUGCUGCUGGAAAGCAGCAACAUUUUUGAAUCUCUUGGCUGCGCACCGCGCAACCCGCUAGGAGCGAGCGACUCAAACAAAACAAAACAAAAUAUUCAAUUGGUAUUGCGCCGAGGAGAAGGGAGGAGACGCGCGCGUACCUGUGAUAUGCUUACCGGGCCCCUCUUGCGCCUCCACACGUAUAGCUAUACAUAUAUGUACGUCUAUGUAUGUCGGUUUCCCGUCCACUUAGCAGCUAGUGCGCGCGUUGUUUGAAGCUUAUCGAAAACGAAAAAAAAAAGAAAACAGGAAAACCAAACACUCCUCCAUAUGAUAUAGGCCACAGAACACACACACACACACACACACUCGUUGUUUACACUUUUCUGUCACAUUUUGCAUUACUUUUCUUUUUUUUUAAUUAACCCAUUUUUUUAAUUUUUUCAGUCUUUUUGUUAUUGUUUUGCUAGAAAAAGAUAUGAUGAAUUUUGCAUUGGAGAAGAUUGAAUUACUAACCAUGAAUUGGCAUUUACAUAAUAUUGCUUCCUUUCUUCUUCUUCUUUUUUUGCUCAUAAUAAAUUGCGUAGUUGCUAUUCUGCAGAUGCGCGGCUUGCUGUGUGUGUGUGUGUAUGUGUGAGGUGGUGCAGUGAAGUCGUGUUAGUUAGAAAGAAGAAGAAGAAGACGAAAAACACAGUCAGUGGUUCAGCACUAGGUUCCUUUUCGCUCGUUUGAUUCUCAUUAUUCUAUAUCAUAAUAAAGAGAAAGAGAAAGAGAAAGAGAAAGAGAAAGAGAAAGAGAAAGAGAAAGAGAAAGAGAAAGAGAAAGAGAAAGAGAAAGAGAAAGAGAAAGAGAAAGAGAAAGAGAAAGAGAAAGAGGAAGAGAAAGAGGAAGAGAAAGAGAAAGAGAAAGAGAAUGAGAAAGAGAAAGAGAAAGAGAAAGAGAAAGAGAAAGAGAAAGAGAAAGAGAAAGAGAAAGAGAAAGAGAAAGAGAAAGAGAAAGAGAAAGAGAAAGAGAAAGAGAAAGAGAAAGAGAAAGAGAAAGAGAAAGAGAAAGAGAAAGAGAAAGAGAAAGAGAAAGAGAAAGAGAAAGAGAAAGAGAAAGAGAAAGAGAAAGAGAAAGAGAAAGAGAAAGAGAAAGAGAAAGAGAAAGAGAAAGAUAAAGAGUAGGCAAGGAAAAGGAUUAAGUAGGCAUUUCGGCAUUUUUGGCACUGUAAGUUACUCUCUGUCCAUAAGCAACAGAUGUGUAAGUGUGUGUGUAUCUGUGUGUGAGUGUUAAGCAGCUGUAUGCACCGGUGAAUAUGAUGGAAGAACUCAAAAGGAUGAAGUAAAAGAAUACAUACAUAUAUUUAGUAAGGCAUUUGUAUUGGUUUUAAGCAAAAAGGGACAGCAAAUGGGAAGAGAGAGAGAAAGAGAGAGAGAGAGAGAGAGAGAGAGAGA